AUGCAGCACCGAACUCGCAGAAAUGCUGAAAUGACGGAAAGUGGACAUUGCAUGCGUACAAAAGGAAAGAACACUACUGGUGAAACCAACAGCAAAGGUGUGGCUAUUGCUGUCAGCGAUGAAAUGCGCAUCAGAAUCUCAGAAAUACGGCGCAAGUCAGAUAGACUGAUCUCUGCUAUAGAUGACGUCGCGGCAUGUCGUCUGCAUGUGCUUUCGGUAUACGCCCCACAAAAGUGCGUUGCGGAAGUUCCUGAAAAUGAGUUGCUCUCCCUCUGUGGAGACCUGAACGGCCGCGUUGGCAGUACCCAGGGCGGAUACAACUGUCAUGGAAACAAUGAAUAUGGCAUUCUGGAUUUUGCUGAGACAAAUGAUCUUGCUAUCUGCAACACCUUCUUCAAGAAGCGUCAUAGCCACCUAGUCGCACACGCCAGCUGUACACAGGAGAGUCAAAUUGACUUCAUUCUAGUACGCAGAAGGGAUCUUCCUCGCAUAAGCAAUAAAAAAGUCAUCCCGUCUGAGGCAAUAAGGAAAUCGGCAGGUCUAGAGGACCGGAUCAAAUUAAAUGGUGGAGACUAUGGCAAGCUGAUCAGGCGGCUGCGAUUGCCG